AUGCCGCUCUUUGGAAAAUCCCAAAAAAGUCCUGCUGAAGUUGUGAAGGCUUUGAAGGAAGCCGUCAACGCUCUUGAGCGUGGAGAUAAAAAAGUUGAAAAGGCGCAAGAAGAUGUAAGCAAAAAUUUGGUUCACAUUAAAAAUAUGCUGUACGGUACUGCUGAAACAGAGCCUCAAGCUGAUAUUGUUGUGGCACAACUUGCACAAGAAUUGUACAACAGUAAUUUAUUGCUCUUACUUGUACAAAAUUUAAGUCGCAUCGAUUUUGAGGGCAAGAAAGAUGUUGCUCAAGUAUUCAAUAAUAUUUUACGAAGACAAAUCGGCACCAGAUCACCAACAGUCGAGUAUAUUUGCACGAAACCUGAGAUACUGUUUACACUUAUGUCUGGAUAUGAGCAUCAAGAUAUAGCAUUAAACUGCGGAACAAUGUUGAGAGAGUGUGCACGAUAUGAAGCAUUGGCUAAAAUAAUGAUUUAUUCCGAUGAUUUUUAUAAUUUUUUUAGAUAUGUCGAAGUAUCUACAUUCGAUAUUGCAUCAGAUGCCUUUUCUACUUUUAAGGAAUUAUUAACGAGGCAUAAAAUAUUGAGUGCUGAAUUUUUAGAAGCCAAUUAUGACAAAGUUUUUUCACAUUAUCAAAGGCUAUUGAAUUCCGAAAACUACGUAACUCGCCGACAGAGUUUAAAACUUCUUGGUGAAUUGUUAUUGGACAGACACAAUUUUACUGUCAUGACCCAGUAUAUAUCAAAUCCAGAUAAUUUAAAGCUUAUGAUGAACAUGUUGAAAGAAAAAUCACGUAAUAUACAAUUUGAGGCCUUCCACGUAUUCAAGGUAUUCGUUGCUAAUCCAAAUAAACCGAAGCCAAUAUUGGACAUUUUACUACGUAAUCAGGAAAAAUUAAUUGAAUUUUUAACGCGCUUCCACACCGAUCGAUCAGAGGAUGAACAGUUUAACGAUGAAAAGGCAUAUUUGAUUAAGCAGAUUAAAGAGUUAAAGUCUGUACAUGAAAAUUAA